UGACACUCAACAAUCUGAAUACUUGCAUUUCAUGAUCUUCAUGUCUGUACUAUAUGCAGGGCAGCAGGGGACAAUCAAGAACUUGCUUCAUGUUCUCCUGGACUGACAGAGAGGGCUGAUCCCAUUUUUGCUUGUCAAAGACAGGAAGACUGAAAGAUAUGCUAACCUUGUAAGCCAGAAGUUCUGCUUUUCUCUUAUUUUUCGUUUGAAUAAAAGGUAUUUCGUUUCUAACUUCUAUCUUAAUAAUUUUUGCUUGUUCAUAUAAGCCAUAAAUUUCUCCAGUGUUACGCACCAAAAAGAAUUGGUUUUUCUCUCUUACUCUGUGUCAGGAGCCCUUUAACAGUUGCUAUGGUCACCUUCAGAUCGGAAAUAUCAGGAUUGUUUGGAAACCAGUAGAGAAUCUGUUGAAAUGGUGGGGUAUUCUGUUUCAGCUGAACGAGCAGACCCUCCAUAAUGACGUGCACCUGCCAGGAUGUCUGUUGUUGACAUGGGAAGCAUCAUAUUGUAACACUCAUCAAAGGACUGAUUAAUUCCCAACCUUUUUAUAACCAGCACCCAAGAGGGCUCUGUGUGCAAGCAAAAGCAAAUAGCGAAUCCAUGGAUGAGCAUUCAACUGCGGUCUUCAAGCCUGUUUACAAGUCCUUCAAGUUCAAAUGUUCUGAAGCCAUAAAAGGGUUGAAGGUAGAAAAGAACACCGGUUUGAAAGAUAAUAAUGUAUUCAUUUCCAAUUUGAAAAGUGAAGACAGUGAGGUGGUUCCAAAUCAACAUCCAGAUGAUAGCCGGGAUAUGCAUGCUGUCCGGAACGCCUCGAGAGCAAGUGGUUACAUGGAUUGGAAGGAUUCUGUGGAUGGAAAUGGCCAACAUAUCCCACAUUAUACUUGUACUUGCAGUGACAAGGAGGAGAGUAGGGAAAGAAAGGUUGGCAUGGACAAUGAAUUGCCAGAGCUGGUUGCUUUCCUUCAAGAGAGCAGUAAUUACCAGUGUUUUAAGGACAUUUGCAUUGACAAGGAAGUGCCAUCUCAGGAAAAAUAUUUGGUAGAAAACUGUGAGCUGGACCAUAGUCGUAUCUCUUGCAUACUUGACUCUGAUAUGGACAGCAGCAGUGAAUCAAUUGGAGAAACUCUGGACUCGGAGUCUUCCAUUUCAACUGAGCAUGACUGUGACAAGGACGUAAGCGAGCAGUGUGGUUCCAAGAACUUGAAGAUUGAAGAUGAAAAAUACUCUGGAGACAGAGAUGAUCAUUCAACCAAGAAGACCGUAUCCGAAACACUGCUUAUAGUUAGACAGGGUCCAAAUAACGCAGUGCUGGCAAACUCAAUGGUAUUAUCCAAAAGUCAGGCAAUUGAUGACAACAGCCGCACAAGCAAGGCCUCUGUACGAAGUGACCUGGACGAUGCAAGCAGUCUUGGCAAACUCAAUGGUAUAAUCACCAUAGAUGAUGGGAGAGAGGAAGUUACACAAAGUGCAGAGUGCCAUCCUCCGGACAUAGGAAACAUGUUCAGGCCUGAUUCGUCCGAAGACGGGAUGUCAGCAUCUGAACCUUGUUCAGGCCUUUCAGCACUCUCAGGAGGAAUACCAAGUUGCGGUAGCAUAUCUCUUCGGUCAAAUAGCAGCACAACUAGCUCCCAGUCUUUUGCUUUUCCCAUAUUAUCCUCGGAAUGGAAUGGCAGCCCGGCAAGAAUGGGGAAAGCUGACCCGAGACAAUUACAGAGACACCACCGCCAUUGGGUGAUGCGUUUUCUCUGCUGUAAAUUCUGAAUGUCAUAUAUCUACUUCAAUCUUUUUGGCUUGAAAAUUAGUUAAGCUUUAUGCCAUGCCUUACAGAUUAUACACAUACACAUGUUCUGAUUUAUACAAUAACAUCAUAGUAGUAAUAAAUUUACU